GUGUUUAGGCUGACCUUGUGAGCUUCCCACCCUCCGCACUAUCACUCAUAUAAUAGGCUCGUACCUCGUUCUCAGCUCUGCAUCCUAAAAUGAGAUGAAUCUUUCAACAGUCACACAUGACGCUGGGCUGUUGUGGGCAACACUCCUCUCGCUUCCUCAUGCAACCGCGACCCUAAGCAGCGCACCGUUUUAACGGUUGCUUCCUUCUUUUAUACGACCGAAAAAGGACUGUUUAACCGGAGAUUUCGACGAUGAGUAGCUUUAUGAAUAUGGCGUGUAUUGGAGACUUUGACCCGUUCACCGCUGCCAUUCCCGCCACCAAAGUUGAGCUCACUGUGUCGUGUCGAAAUCUCCUGGACAGAGACACAUUCUCCAAAUCAGACCCAAUUUGUGUGCUGUACACUCAAGGAAUCUCCAACAGGGAAUGGAGAGAGUUUAGUCGGACAGAGGUGAUAGACAACACACUGAAUCCAGACUUUGUCCGUAAAUUCCUCCUGGACUACUUCUUUGAGGAGAGGCAGAAUCUCCGCUUUGACCUGUAUGACCUCGACUCGAAAAGCGACAACCUGUCUAAACAUGACUUCCUGGGCCAGGCAUUCUGUACCCUGGGGGAGGUAGUGGGCUCCAUGGGAAGCCGCAUGGAGAAACCUCUCAUGUAA